UUGUGUUUGAGUUUGUUGGGUUGAUUAGAAUACUUGAGGAUUUGUUGAUAUCGUUGAUAUUUGCGUGUGGCUGUUCUGAGUGCAACAGUGAGUAAUAGAUAUAGUAGAAAAAAGCAGAGUCUGUUUUAUGCUAUUUUUAUUUGAUGAUGAUCUGGGAUAGUAGUGAAUACAUCAAGGCAAUACUAUUAUUGUGGUCGAUCUUUGUAUGUAAUAUUUCUGGAAACGACGAUUUCAUAAUUGACACAGAUGAAUGUCAAAUUCCGAAUUUUCCUGCCUUUAGUCAAGAAUCCCUUUCCAGCUACGUUCUUUUAGACUACGUUCGUUGUUCUACUUUGGAUCCAUUGACUCGGACUAUCGUGGAAAACAAUACUGCGUUUUUACAUUUAAGAACCGAGGUUCUUGACCAAUAUUAUAAAUCAAAAGAUGAAAUUGAUUGUUGCUAUAGUUAUGUUACUAGAAAUGGGACGAACGAGGAGCCAGAUAUUGGUAUUAGCUUCUCGAGUUGUAAUUACUUCAAUUCCACUGUUACUCUUGAAGAGCACACUGUGAUAGUUAAAUGCUACAUUGGUGCGGAUAAGAUAUACGAAAAUGUACACAGACCAAUGGUUGUAACGAAGGCAGUUAAGGAAAAACUUUUUAAUCGAUCUGAGGCAAAAAAACUAUCCAAGAAGAAACACCUCAGUGUUCUUCUGAUUGUGGUUGAUAGUAUAUCUAGGUUGAACCUGGCAAGAACAAUGCGUUCAACAAAAAAAUUUUUACAGGACAAUGAUUUUGUAGAAUUCGUUGGCUACAAUAAAAUAGAUGACAAUACUUUUCCAAACUUCAAUGCCCUGCUAACCGGCCUGAAUCAAAGUCAAUCUUACUCAAUUUGUAAACCAACCAUUGUGGGUGGGUUGGACCAGUGUCCUAUGAUAUGGUACAACUUUCGAGACAAAGGAUAUGUUACCGCUUAUGCUGAAGAUUUCGCUACGAUAUCCACAUACAAUUAUAGAAAGAAAGGAUUCAAAAAUCCUCCGACUGAUUAUUACUUCAAACCGUACAUGGCAGCUUCCGACACCCUAUCUACACUGGCAGUAGAUAGUAUGCCUUAUUGCAGUGGACCUGAAUCUCAAGGUGAAAGAAUCCUCAAUUUAGCUGGAGAUUUUUCCAAAACAUUCAAAAAUCAACCCUACUUUGGAAUAUUCUGGAUGAAUACUUUCAGCCACAAUUAUAUCAAUUCUCCAGGAAGAAUGGAUAACAAAAUGACAAACUUUUUCAAAGAUCUCAAACAACAUGGCGUUCUUAACGACAGUAUGGUAAUUUUCCUAAGUGAUCAUGGCAUCCGCUUUGGUGUUAUCCGUCAAACGAUUCAAGGAUGGUAUGAAGAACGGCUUCCAUUCAAUCUAAUAUCUGUACCUUUGUGGUUCCAAAGAGAGUACCCUGAGAAGUAUAAGAACUUUAUACAAAAUGCCCAGAAACUCACUAGUACCUAUGACUUAUUUCUGACCCUUCAAGAAGUGUUGUCAUUGUCUGUUGACGAUUAUGUUAUCAGCAACAGCAAGGCUUGUCGAUCAUGUCAGUCUCUUUUUUCCCACAUUUCUGAGAAGCGAAAUUGUAGGCAGGCUGGUAUUGGUGAGAAGUGGUGUACUUGUUUGGGUAAAUUUCACAAAAAUGAUAAUGAAAUAACAUCUGACAUGAAAGAAACAGCAUUAAAACUUUUCAUGCAGUCGGGUAACUUCCAAGGAUUCACUAUUGAAAAUAUUUUAAAAUCAAGUAUAAGCCGAGGGCCUAGACGGAAAAAAUAUUUGUUACUGAUGUUCAAACGAGAUUUCGACAUCCCAUACCAGGCAUUAUACAGAAUAGGUGGAAACUCAACAGACGCUAUGAAGUUGAUACACUUAGUGAGACUAUGGUGAAAUUGUUAUAUAAAAGGUGACAACGAAAUAAUUGCACAAGCCGUCAUUCAGUUGUUUGUGGGUUGGGAAAUUCGAAAUUCACAACAAAGGUAGAGUUCACUCCACUCGGUAUUUCUACCAAAUAAAUCACGAGAAUAGUAAUACUAUUGGCUGGUAGUGCCUGCGCACCCUUCGAAUGUGCCGCCUGGAACUAACUACCGCAACCAUCAAGGUGAAAAAAUAUUGAUUACAAUAAUAAUAAAAACGCGGUCCUAAGAUUG